CAUACAUACUAAACCAUUAAAAACAUGGAUAUUCUCAUUUCAAACUGGUCCGGAGUUCAGUCGCUACCGGAAAGCUACAUUUUCCCGCCCGAACGGAGGCCAGGAAACCACAAAAUUCAACCAUCAAAAGACAUUCCUAUCAUUGAUCUUGAAAAAAUCAAAGGGCCGGAACGAGCUCAGACAAUUCAACAAGUUAUAAAAGCAUGCCAAGAUUUUGGGCUCUUUCAGGUGAUCAACCAUGGAGUUUCGAGGGAAUUAAUGGAUCAAACAAUGGCGUUGUUUAAACAGUUUUUCGCAUCGUCUGCGCAAUUCAAAGAAAGAUUUUAUUCAAAUGAUUUGAAUGCAAGUUGUAGGCUUUACACUAGCACGUUAAACUAUGAAAACGAAAAGGUUCAUUAUUGGAGAGAUAAUUUAACGCACCGUUGUCAUCCUCUAGAAGAGCAUAUUAACCACUGGCCCAAUGACCCUCCAUAUUAUCGAAAAGUUGUGGCGGAGUACUCGACGGAAGUGAGGAAGUUCUUACUGAAGAUACUGGAGUUAAUCUGCGAGGGAAUGGGACUUGAAUCAGGAUAUUUUGAAGGUGAAAUAAGCAAGAACCAGUUGGUAUCGGUGAACCAUCACAUUCCUUGCCCCGAUCCAAGUUUAACAAUGGGAAUGCAAGCGCACUGUGACCCGAAUCUUAUUAGCAUGCUUCAACAAGGUGAUGUUUGCGGACUACAAGCCCUUAAAGAUGGUCAAUGGGUUGGCGUUGAGCCUGUUCCCGACGCUUUUCUUGUCAUUCCCGGCCUCCAGUUACGGGUUAUAAGCAAUGGGAAGCUAGCAAGUGCCGUGCACCGAGUAGUGACCGAUUCAAAGGAGUCGCGGACCACCAUAGGGACGUUUCUGAUUCCUUCAAAUGACGUCUUGAUACAACCUGCAGAUUGUUUGCUUGGUUCAUCAGCCAUGUUGUACCGCGGUUACACUUACAAAGAGUUUUUCAGUACGUUCACUGGUAACAAUUGUGAGGCUGAAAUUGCUCUCGAGUGUUUUAAGCUGUGAGCACGCGCAAGCUUGUUGGAUCACGUUAAGGUUGUUUGUUGUAUAAUAUUAUGUGUGAAGUUUCAAGUGUUUAAUAUGUUGUAUAGGUGUGGAGUGUGUGCUAGCAAAUAUAUGUAUCGUAUAUGUAAUAAGGAUCAUGAUAUUGUAAAAUAAGCUUUCUGUGUUAAAUCACCAUAUUAAUGUAUCA